AGAUAUGAGUAAAAAAUUAAAUGGAUAAGCAAUGUAUUAUUUUGAAUGUUGGUGGACGUUUAUUUAAAACCGAAUUAACAACACUCACUUCAAUUGAUGGUUCCUAUUUUCAACAAUUAUUUACUACAAAAUGGAAUCAUUUAUUGGAUUCGGAUGGUCAUUUAUUUAUCGAUCGUAAUAAUGAUGUAUUUCCCAUAAUUCUCGGUUAUUUACGUCAUGGUAAAAGCUAUCCUUUACCAAUUGAUGAUUAUAAAUUGAGCUUAAUCAUUUAUGAAGCACAAUUUUACAAACUUCCUGAAUUAAUUAAAGCAGCCGAGAAGAUUCGUUAUUAUAUGAAACGAUAUUUCAUCCCAUCAAAAUCAUCAAUCAUAUCCAAUAAUUCAAUAAAUGGGAAUUAUUCCACAAAAAAAUUCAAAAAUAUAUCGUUAGCAAAAGAAAUGACAAAAUCGAUUUUGUCUAUUCCAGCAAUAGCACCACCACUUAUGCAGAAAUCAAUUGACAACAAUGAAACAUUGAUGAGACAAUUCUCGAGAAAGCUAUCAAAAAAGCGCAAAAAGGAUAAAAUUGAAAUUGGUCUACCGAAUGAAUUCAAGCAUAUCGUACAUAUUGGACGAGCGGACGAUGGUCAUAAAAUUGUUAUUGACCAUAGCAGUGACGAUCAAAAAGCGUUAAAAGCUAUUGUGCAAUCUAUUUAUGAUGAAAUUUCACCAUUACCGAUAGUAUACAGUUUGAUAGAUGCAGAUGAAAAUGAAAAUCGUAGUGAAUCGGUAGAAAUUUUUUUCACCGAAUCAACCAUUCAAGCAUGUCACAACGAUAUAUCACCAUCAUCUCAAAAUUUAUCAACCAGUUUACGAACCGGUUUUUAUGAUAAUUGUUGUUAUGAAAUAGCACGAAGCAAUAAAAUGGAAAAUUUUUGCAUUAAAAGGAUAAAAAAUAGCCCAAUUGUUACUGAUAUAUAA